AUGACUGUGUGCAAUGCCUCCCUGGGGCAUCCUCCUUUCUUCAUUCUCCAAGGCAUUCCCGGGAUGGAGGACAAACACAGAUGGAUCUCUAUCCCCUUCUGUUCCAUGUACUUCAUCACCAUCCUUGGGAACAGCACCAUCAUCUUCAUCAUCUGCACGGAGCGCUCCCUGCACAAGCCCAUGUUCCUGCUCCUCUGCAUGUUGGCCCUCACAGACCUGGGCAUGUCCACUACCACCAUUCCCAAAGUGCUAUGCAUCUUCUGGUUUAGACACAGUGAGAUCAGCUAUGUGGGCUGUCUGGUCCAACUGUUUUUUAUCCAUACCUUGUCUAUCUCACAGUCUGCCAUCCUGACAGCCAUGGCCUUUGACCGCUAUGUAGCCAUCUGUGAGCCCCUGCGCUAUGCCACCAUCCUUUCCAAUAGUCGCAUUGGGCUCAUUGGCUUAGUGGGUUUAGUAAGAGCCAUCCUUUUCAUUCUGCCGAUCCCUGUCCUCCUCCAGACGAUGCCUUUUCAUGUAAAUCAUGUCAUCCCUACCACUUACUGUGAACACAUGGCUGUGGUGAAGAUGGUGUGUGUGGACACCACAGUCAACCGGAUAUAUGGUCUGGUGGUGGCCUUGUUGGUUGCCGGGCUAGACAUCUCAGCUAUCGCCUCCUCUUAUGUGCUUAUCAUCAAGGCUGUCCUGCGGCUGUCUUCUAAGGAAGCCCACCACAAAGCCGUCAACACCUGCACUGCACACAUUGCUGUCAUGCUUCUCUACUAUACUCCCUCACUGUUCUCUUUCCUCACUCACCGCUUUGGCAGGGGAAUUCCACCCCAUGUGCACACCAUUCUUGGAAACCUCUACUUCCUUAUACCUCCAAUGCUCAAUCCUAUUAUUUAUGCAGUGAAAACCAAGGAGUUUCGGGAAAAACUGACCAAAUAUGGGUACUGGAUGAAGGAGCACAUAAUCAGCAACCAUGGUCAGAAUCCUUUCUAA